AUGAAAGGUCCAGUUUGCCUCUUUCAGUUUUGGGGGUUGUUUUUUCACUGCUAUGGUGUACCCAAUUCUCAAAAGCAGUGGUUAAAGUCAUUGACCCCAACGAUUGCCCCAUUGUCAGCAUCCAACAAUAUCUCAUGGCUAGUGUCCAUGGCUGAGUCCUGCCAGGGCAUUAUUCUGAGUCAGUGGUGGAUCCUCUCCACAGCCAGCUGUCUGAGUAAACUGAAACAGUUAAACUCUGACAUUUCAGGAAUCUUUGACCAAGAAGAUGUCUUACAAGGCCACAAAGUAUGCCUACUCCCUAGUUUUGAUCCAGAAACUGGAAAAGAUCCAGUCAAAACAGAUGUAGGGGUAGUACUCCUUCAAUAUCCUAUCAGGAAGAAAGAAAUACCACUUUCUCACACUUAUAACAUCUUCUGGAAGACCUGUUAUAACUGCCAAUACAGAGACUGCAGGGUGUACCAAUAUCAGAAUCAUGGUAACUUUGAAAGCAAUAUCAAGAAAUUGUCAGUUAAGCUGCUGGACCUCUCAUUUUGCCACCAUCAACACAUUCACCUGACUAAAAGUAACAAUUUAUGCAUCUGGAGUCAGCCAGAAGAAGACUGCUGGGUACAGCAGGGUAGUCCUGUUUUCUGUCUCUUUGGCAACCACUGGGAACUGGUAGGCCUGGUCAGUGAGUCCUCAAUGGCCUGUUAUAACCCAAUUCUUGUAAUCAAGACAGCCCCCUACAUACCUUGGAUGAGACAGCUUAUCAAGGCAUCCCAGAAGUCACUGGAUCCUAUUUUUUCUCUACCCUGCAGUUUUUCUUCUAGGGUAGAACAUGAUAAUCAAUAUAGGCUUAUCCCAAAAAGUGCUUCUGCAUUUCUGUCCUCCCAUGGAUUCUCUAUACAGUUAUGGAGGGGAACAUUUGGCACUUUCCCACUGAACAGACAGCGCCGGAAUCCUCCUCCAGUAUUUUUUGGUCCAAAUAACAGAGAUUCUUUUCCUGGAAGUUCACAGUUAUACCUUCAAAGCAGUCAGAUCUCCUCAACUAGCAACUCCUUAAUGGUAAAAUCUUGGACCUCUCCUCUUGUUAAAUCAUGGGAUCCUUUUCAUACAGCUGUGUCCUGGAAUACUGCAGUAACUGAUAUUUCUGAUCCUUCAGUUCUUUAUCAACCUCAAAGCACUCCAACACCAGAUAUAACUACACCCUGGAACCUUUCUCAGAGAGAUGUAGUGAAAUAUAAAUAUAGAGAUAUGACAGAUUCAUUAAGAUACUGGGUUGAAUAUUUAGGUGGUAUAAUUGGGCUUUAUACUCCACCAUUAAAUAAUGCUGAUGGAUCACAUGUUCUGUUUUCAAGUGAUGUAGAAGGAUCCCAAUUUCAUUCUGAGAUAAAUAAUGCUCAGUCUCAAGUUCAAUAUGGUAAGGUUCCUUUCCAAGGUCAAUUUCUAGGGAGACCCUGGCUGCGUAUUGCAUCUGGUGUUAGACCUUGGACAUAUAAUAUGCCUGAUAAAACAGAAAUAGUGAUACAGAUUCAACCUGCUGAGGGGAGUUUUAUAACUCAAAUACAUCAUGUUGCUGAUAGAGUCAAUACUGCUAUUCAAUCUGUAACUUAUAACAUGAAUCCAUGGAUACCUUUGAUUAUUAAUAAGAUUGGAUUCUGGACUCAUUCCAUACUAAAUGAAGAGGGAUCUCAAUAUCCUACAGCAACUCCUACCUCAGAACCCUGGUUUCAGCCUGUCCUAAAUAUAGUUAAAUCCCAAGGACCUAUAGAAAAGACAUAUGAACAAAUGAUUUUCCCUGAACCUAAGCCAACUCAAUUUUGGACUUCCUCAACUCUUAAUAUGCUCCUUAAUUGGGUUUCAUCUGCAAGUAAUACUAAUAGGCCUGUGGCCCAGUAUAAGGCCAGUGCAAUCACAUCCUUAAGUCAAAUGGAUAGAAUGAAUCCAGUGAGUAAGCACAGUGAUUUUACAGUCAAAACCCAGAUGCAGACGGAAGAUACAACAUGGCUUUUGAUUCAUACAGUUGCUAGUAUAAUUGAUCCUUUAACCCACACUGAAGUUGAUACAACUGCACCACGGACUCAACCUGAAGUUGACAUAGUCCGAACUUGGACCCGGUCAAAAACUCAAUCAGGAAGACCUUUGACUGUGCUGAAAGCUGAUACCACCAAACUGUGGUUACAGACUAAGGGAAGAAGACACUGGAUUCAGCCUAAAUUCCAAAUUCUCAGACCUAGAACUCAGACUGAAGAAGGUAAAUAUAAACCUUGGAUCCAGUCAGAAGCAGAUGCCAUCAGAUCCUUGACCCACUCAGAAAUGGAAACACUCAGACCCUGGGACCAACCUGAAACUGAAAAAUCUCCUUUAAUACUCACAACAGAGUCUAAAGUUAAUACAAUUACAUCAUGGACAAGGCCUGAAGUUGAUGCUAUGGUGUUUUGGUUGCAAACACAAACUGAUAUAAUCAGGACCUGGACCCAAACUGAAACUCAAAUAAUAAUUUCUUGGUUUGAACCAGAAGCUAUUACAGUAAGACCUCUGUUGAAUACUCAAACUGAUACAUUUAAACCUUGGAUUGAGACAGAAAUAGAAACACCCCAUUACUGGGCCCAAUCUGAAGGUAAUAUAGACAGAUCAUGGACUCAGACUGAAGCUGAAAAUGUCAAACCCUGGUUCUGGACUCAAAUGGAAACAGUCACUUUUUGGACAGAGCCAGUAAUCAAAACAUCCUACCACUGGAUGCAGUCCAAAAAGGAAAUACUCAAGCCCUGGGACCAAUUUUAUGAGGUAGAAACCUGGACACAACAUGACACUAAAACACUCAAGUCCUGGAAUGAGGUUGAAAGUGAUAAAGAUAGAUUUUGGACUCAAUCAGAAGUUGACACAGUGAGACCCUGGAUUCAGUCAGAUAUUGCUGUCAACAACCAUGGAGCAGAAAAUGAAGCUGGUACAUUAAUGCUUUGGCCUCAGGCUGAAUAUCCAGAAGUAAAUCUCUGGACACAAUCUGAAACUGACACAGGCUCAUUAUCAACCCAGAGUAAAAUUCCAGCAGUAAAUCACUGGACAGAAAUAGCUGAUACCAUCAUACCACAAGCAAAAGCUAAAUUUCCAGGAGUAAAGCCCUUGACACAUCUGGCAUCUAAUACAGUAACACCAUGGACUCAGGCUGAAUCUACAGUAGUAAAUCUCUGGACUCAGACUAUAACUGAUGCAGUCACACAGUGGACUCCGGGUGAGUUUUCAGAGACAAAUCCCUGGACAAAAACUACAAUUGAUAGAGUCAAGUCAUGGACCCAGGAUGAAUCUCUACUGGCAAAUCCCUGGAUGCAAUUCAACACUAAUACAGUUAUACCAUGGACACAGACUGACUCCUUCAUAGUAAAUUCUUGGUUACAGUCUAUACCUCAUACCAUUAUACAAUGGACCCACAGUGAACCUUUAGAUAUAGGAAAAAAGCUGGAAAAAAGCUUGAAAAAAGCUGUCACUGAUGCAACACCUUGGUCUCAGGCAGAGUCAUCAGCAGUAAAUCCCUGGAGAGAAAUUGCAGCUGGGACAGCUACACAAUGGUCCCAAGGAGAAUCUCCAGUAGUAAAUUUAUGGGCUCAUCCUGUGGUUAAUGUAGUUACACUGUACACUCAGGCUGAUUCCCCAUUGUUACAUUUCUGGACAAAGUCUGUAAUGAAUAUAGUCACAACAUGGACACCAACAGAAUCUUCAGCCAUAAAUUCCUGGAGACAGUCUGAAACUGACAGUAUCUCAACAUGGACCAAUAAAAUAAAUCCAGGAAUAAACAGUUGGUUAUAUUAUGAAACUGAUACAGUGACAGUUUGGACCCAGCCAGAAAGUCCAGGAAUAAAUACUUGGACACCAGCUAUUGCUUCUGCAGCUCCACCAUGGACUCAGGCUGAUUUUUUAGCUGUAAAUCCCUGGACAGAGGUCGAAAGUGAUACAAUCACACAAUGGACUCAGGUUGAACCUUUAAUGAAUCCUCGGACAGAGAGUGUAGCUUCCACAGUCAUACAAUGGACCAAAGCUGAAUCUCUAGCAGUAAAUCCAUGGAUACAAUUUGCAGCUGAUGUAGAUACACUAUGGACCCAGACUGAUUCUCUAGCAGUAAAUUCCUGGGUAUAUCCUUCAUCUGAUCAUGUUUUACAGUGGAUUCAAACUGAACUUCCAACAGAAUAUCAAUGGAUUCAGAAUAUGUCUGAUAUAGUAACAUCAAUUACUCAGGCUGAAUUUCCUUCAGUAGAGACUUGGACAGAUCCUCUGGCAGAUAUAGUAACAAGGUGGAAUCAGACUGAAUCUCCAAUAAUAAAUCCAUGGUCAGAAGCUGUAGUUUCUACAAUGACACCAUGGACUCAAGUUGAAUAUCCAGAACUAAAUGCCUGGAUAAAUUCUAUAGCUUCCACAGUCACACAGAUGACUCACCCUAAAUACCCAGUAAUGAAGCCUCAGAGACAGCCCAUAUCUGGUACAGCCACACCAUUGAACCAAACAGAAUCACCUAUAGUAAAUCCCAGGACACAACAUGAAACUGAAGUAAUCACACGGAGGAAUCAGACUGAAUCUGAAAGAAUUAAUCCUUGGAUACAAGUUGUAACUGACACAAUCAUACGCUGGACUCAGGCUGAAUCUCCAGCAGUCAAUUCCUGGACAGAGGCUGUUGCAGAUACAGUAAUACUAUUGAAUCAGACUGAAUAUCCUUCAGUAAAUCCCUGGGCAACACUUGCAACUGAUACUUUUACACUUUGUACCCAGGCAAAUUCUUCCAUCAUCAAUUUUUUGACACAGUUCAUAGUUCAUACACUCACACCCUCCACCCAGACUAUGCCUGUAACAGUAAAUCCCUUGUCACAGUUUGAAACAGAUAGAGUCACACAAUGGAUCCAAGCUCAAUUUGCUUCAGUAAACCCCUGGACUCCAUCUGAAAUCAACCCAAUUAUAUCAUGGACCCAUGCUAGAUAUUCAACCUUAAACCCCUGGACACAAUUUGAAGCUGACAUAUUCACAUCAUGGACCCAGGCUGAGUCUCCAGCAAUAAAUAUAGCUUUAUAUAGGUCAGUGAAGCCAUGGAUCCAGGCUGAAACUCCUGCAACAGGUCCCUUAAUAACAGCCAGAGCUGGUGAAAUCACACCAUGGAUCAAGGCUAUAUAUCCUGCAGUUAACCCCUGGACAAAAUCUAAAUAUGACAUAGUCCCACUGUUGAUCCAGAAUAUAACUCCAGCAGUAAUUCCCUCAACAGUCUCUGUAAUUGAUACAAUCACCCUGUGGGACAUGGCUAAAAUUAUAUUACCAAGGCCUUGGCCACAGCCUGUGACAGAAACAGUCACACACUGGAUCCAAAGUGAGUUUUCCUUGGUAUAUAACAUCACACGACCUAUAACUGAUGUAACCACAUUGUUUACUCAGGUUUUUACUCCAGAAGUAAACCCCUGGUCAAGGCCUAAAGCCGAUACUGUCAAACCAUGGAUUGAGGCUAAAUCUCCAAAGGAAAAGGCCUGGAAAGUGGCAGGUUCUGAAACACUCACACCAUUGACCACAGGAUUCUCUACAGCAGUUAAAGUCUGGAUAGACACUGUGUCUGAUAUAUUCACACCAGGAACCAAGUACAGUUUUUCAAAAUUAAACCUUGGAAUAAUGCCCGAGGAUGGUAUCAUUGAACCAUGGACUCAGUCUGAAUCUCUAUCAGGAAUUCCCUGGACACAACCUGCAGCUGAUUCAGAUAUAAAGCAGAUACAGACUAAAUAUCCAUUAGUAAAUCUGUGGACUCAGGCUCAGUUCCCAGCAGUAAAUCCCUCUGUAAAUGCUUUAAGAGAGACUGUGUCUUUCAUAGUCCCACCGUGGAUACAGGCUGAAGGUCCAACUUUAAAUAACUGGAGGGAGACUGUGACUUUCACAGGUCCACCUUGGACUCAGGCUGAAAGUACAGAUGUAAAUACUUCAAGAGAAGCUGUGCUUUUCAUAGGCCCACCUUGGACUCAGGCUGAAAGUACAGCUGUAAAUGCUUUAAGAGAGACUGUGUCUUUCAUAGUCCCACAGUGGAUACAGGCUGAAGGUCCAACUUUAAAUAACCAGAGGGAGACUGUGUCUUUCACAGGUCCACCUUGGACUCAGGCUCGAAGCACCUCAGUAAAUACCUGGAGAGAGACUGUGCCUUUCACAACCCCACCAUGGACUCAGGCUGGAAGUACAGCUAUGCAUAUUUGGCAAGAGACUGUGCCUUUCACAGCCCCACCAUGGACUUCAGACAGAAGUUCAUCUAUAAACAACUGGAGAGAGAUGUUGCCUUUCACAGUCCCACUGUGGACACAGGCUGAGGGUCCAGCUGUAAAUACCUGGAGUGAGACUGUGCCUUUUACAGUCCCAACAUGGACUCUGGCCGAAAGGCCAGCUGUAAAUUCCUGGAGAGAGAGUGUGCCUUUUACAGUCCCACCAUGGACUCAGGAUGAAAGUCCAGGUGUAAUUACCUGGGGAGAGACUGUCCCAUUCAAUGCCCCACCAAGGACACAGGUUGAAAGCCCAGAUGUAAACACCUGGAGAGAGACUGUGCUUUUCAUAACCCCUUCAUGGACUUGGACAGAACGUCCAGCUGUAAAUUCCAGGAGAGAGACUGUGCCUUCUACAGUCCUAUUUUGGACUCAGGAUGAAAGUCCAGAUGUAAACACCUGGAGAGAGACUGCCCCUUUCACAGUCCCAACAUGGACUCUGGCUGAAAGACCAGUUGUAAAAUCCUGGAGAGAGAAUGUACCUUUCACAACCCCACCAUGGACACAGAGUAAAGGUCCAAAUGUAAAUACCUGGAGAGAAACUCUGCCUUUCACAGGUCCACCCUGGACUCAUGCUGAAAGUGCAGCUAUAAAUAGUUGGAGAGAGACUGUGCCUUUCCCAGUCCCACUAUGGACUCUAGAUAAAGGUCCAGCUGUAAAUAACUGGAAAGAUAUGUUGACUGCCACAGCGCCACCAUGUAAACAGUCUGAAGCUUUAAAUAAUUGGAGGGAGAUUUUAACUUUAAUAAGCUUACCUUGGACUCAGGAUGAAAAUCCAGCUGUAAAUACAUGGAGAGAGACUGUGCCAUUCAUAGAGCCACCAUGGACUCAAGCUGAACGUUCUGCUGUAAAUAGCUGGGGAGAGACUGUGCCUUUCUCAGCUCAACUAUGUAUUCAGUCUGAAAGUCUAGCUGUAAAGACCUGGAGAGAGAUGUUUCCUUUCACAGCCCCACCAUGGACUCAGGAUGAAAGUCCAGCUGUAAACACCUGGAGAGAGAUGUUCCCUUUCACAGCUGCACCAUGGACUCAGGAUGAAAGUCCAGCCAUAAAUACCUGGAGAGAAACUGCGCCUUUCUCAGAUUUACCAUGGACUCAGGCUGAAAGGCCAGCUGUAAACACCUGGAGAGAUACUGUGCCUUUCACAUCCCCACCAUGGACUCGGGCAGAAAGUCCAGCUGUAAACACCUGGAGAGAAACUGUGCCUUUCUCAACUCUAUCAUGGACUCAGGCUGAAAGUCCACCUCUAAACACCUGGAGAGAAACUGUGCUUUUCUUAGCUCUACCAUGGACUCAGGCUGAAAGUCCAGUUGUAAAUGCAUGGACAUGGAAUGCCCCUUUUACAGCUCCAUCAUGGUCACACACUGAAAAUACAGCUGUAAAUACCUGGACAGAGGCUAGGCUUUUCACAGCCCCUCCAUGGAUUCAGGCUGAAAAUCCAGCUACAAAUACCUGGAAAGUGAAUGUGCAUUACAAAGGCCCACCAUGGACUCAGUCUGACUCUGCACCAGCAAACCCUUGGACAUCAACUGAAAGUUUCACAAUCGCAUCAUGGACUCAUGGUGUAAAGCAAGUUUUAAAUAUUUGGACAGAGCCAAUAGUUUCCACAGUCACACUACGGAUUCAGGCUGAAUAUUCAACACCAACAUAUUGGACAGAGACAAAGGUCAUUUACAUAGUCACACCAUUGACCCAGUGUCAGUUUCCAAUAAAUACUUUGACAGAACCUAUAGGAGGCAAAAUUACAACUUGGACAUCUGCUGAAUCUCUAGCAUUAAGUUCUUUCACACAAAAUAUUAUUGAUACAAUCAAAUUUUGGCCAGUGCUUAAAACUGAAUCUAAGAAAAGGUGGAAUCUGCCUCAAAGUGGUGCACUCAUGUUUUCACUAAAUCCUCAAAUUGAUACUUUUGGAUCCUUGAACCAAAUUGAAAACCAAGACUCUCCUCUGUGGACACAUCCUGAAAUUGAUAAUGUCAAUACAAUGACCUUUCUUGAACCUGGAACACUCAUAUCACAGGUAGUACCUUUGUCCCAAGCAGCUAGACUCUGGCCCCAAACUGAAGCUAAUAUUAGCAAAACUUGUAUAGUCAACUCUUGGGCUCAACCGAGAAGUAGUAUAGUCGGAGCUUGGACCCAAGUUGAAUCUGAACUAGUCAGACCUUGGACACAAUCUAAAACUAAUGCAAUUACACUAUUGACCCAGGCUGAUACUUUCAAACCUUGGUUCCAAACUCAAAUUAAUGCAAUAAGAGAAGGGCCCCAAACUCAAUCUCAAAUAGUUACUACUUGGAUCCAAACACAGUUGAAGAUAGUUCACCCCUGGAUUCAACCUAAAAUGAAAAAAGUCAGACUGGGGAUUCCUUCUGAGUCUCAAAUAUUGAGUUUCUGGAUGCAGCCUGACAUUAGUAGAGUUAGUGCUUGGAUCCAACCAGCAACCCAGGCAGUCAAUCCUGCCUUUCACCCUAAAACUGGUAAUGUUGUAUCCCUGGCUAUUCAUAAACCUGAAACAGUCAGAAUAUGGAUCCAGCCUGAAACAGAAGUAAGGCCUGGCCUUAUUUAUAAAGCUGAUAUAAUCACAUCAUUUGCUUAUCCUGAAGUUGAACAAGAUGCAACAAUUAGUCACUUUGAUUCCUGGUCUAACUAUGUAACAUUAUUACCAAUAGAAACCGUUCCUUCCCUACAUGAGUAUUUUGCAGCCUUGUCAACUGAAAUAGCUGCAGUAGAAAGUCAAGGUCAAAUAAAUUCUGUCCAACCCAGUGAAAUCUCAAAUAUUCUCUAUCUUACACUUUCAAGCACACGACUUCCUGGAGGAGGUGGUUACCUGAACUUUGGCAAUGAAUUACAAAUUACCAAAACAAAAGGAAGCCCUGAUGUCCCAUCUAGUUCUCUCAACCCACUUUAUCCAUCUUUUUCCUUUACUUUUCCUUGUUUUUUCCCACCUUCAGGUUCUUUGUCCCUUACCUGUUCAGUCUUUUCUUCUUGCACAUUUUCUUCACCCUGUACUUUUCUUUCUUGCUCAAUUUGUCCUCUUAUGGCCUUCUCUCCUGUUCUUCCCUUAGCUGCUUCUGACAGUUCUUUCCAGAAACCAUCUUCCUCAAAAUUUACUGUAGACACCAUUCUUUCCCAUACUUUUUCAUCCUUGCAUGCUGCUCCAGCCAAUCUUUUAACAAAGCAACCAUCUCUGAUGUCUGGAUCUCAAUCUGGAACCAAGUCUAAUCAGCCUGAACAAGAUCUUCUUAAGUAUUCUGAACUCAAUAUUUCCCUUGCUGAGUGUCGUCUGGGUGUGGUCUGGAAAGAGAGUCUCCAGGCUUUCUCACUCUUCAAGACAGCUGUUAUUUCUCAUGAAGUUACAGAGUGUGGAUUACGCCCUGGCCUUGUUCCACACUGUCCCAACUGCUGGGAGGCUGAAGUGGGUGAAUUCCCUUGGAUGGUUUCUGUGCAACUCUCUUUCUCCCACUUCUGUGCUGGUUCUAUCCUGAAUGAACAGUGGAUUCUCACUACAGCUAGAUGUGCAAAUUUCAUAAAAAACUCAGAAGCAGUGGCCCAUGUUCAGGUGGGGCUUAUUGAUUUUCAAGAUCCUGCUCAAGCUCAAACUGUAGGCAUUCAUCGUGCCAUGCCCUACCUGGGUCCUAGAGGACCGCUGGGACCUGGUCUAGUUUUCUUGAAGCAACCAUUACAUUUUCAACCUCUGGUUCUUCCUAUCUGCCUGGAGGAGAACAUAGAGCAAGAGAAAAAUAUACAAUUAUAUGACUGCUGGCUACCCAGCUGGUCCCUCAUGAGAGGAAGUCCUGGAAUUUUGCAAAAAAGGCACCUGAGCAUCCUGCAAGUCAUCACAUGUGCCCAGUUUUGGCCCAAACUGAAUGAAUUUACUUUCUGUGUGGAAGCCAAGAAAGCUAUGGGGGAGGCUGGCUGUAAGGGUGAUCUGGGGGCACCUCUUGUGUGUCAUCUUCAACAAAAAGACACUUGGGUGCAGGUGGGAAUCUUGACUCACUUUGAUGAACACUGCACAAAGCCCUACGUCUUCAGCCAAGUGAGCCCUUUCCUUUACUGGCUCCAGGGAGUUACACGACCCAGCCAUGCACCCUGGUCUAAGCAAGGGCCUAUGGCCACCUCUGCUUCCAUCUCCCUUUCAGUCUCUACCUCUAUGAAUGCCUCAGCUUUUACCUCCACACCUGCUUCUGUCUGGCCACAUUUCAUCUCUCUGCCACAGCCUCAGACUUUGGCAGAUCAAAUUUCUCUGAGAUAUGCCAUGCCUUGGCAGGCCAUGAUCAUCAGUUGCAGUAGUCAAAUUUGCAGUGGUUCCAUUGUUAGCAGCUCUUGGGUACUCACUGCGGCCCACUGUGUCAGGAAUAUGAAUCCAGAGGACACAGCUGUAAUAUUAGGCCUGAGGCACCCUGGGGCGCCUCUAAGAAUUGUUAAGGUCUCUACCAUUCUUCUGCAUGAGAGAUUCCGAUUAGUGAGUGGGGCAGCAAGAAAUGAUCUAGCAUUGCUGCUCCUUCAAGAGGUCCAGACUCCCAUUCAGCUUUUAGCACCGUUGGGUCAUCUGAAGAAUCUGAACAGCUCAGAAUGUUGGCUCUCUGGGCCACGAAUUCUUAAGCCAGGAGAGACAGAUGAAAAUCCAGAAAUAUUACAGAUGCAGGUGAUAGGAGCUUCAAGUUGUGCCCACCUUUACCCUGAUAUAGGCAGUUCUAUUGUGUGCUUCAUUACACAAGACAAAGACUCUGACACAAGUGUGGAACCAGUGAGUCCAGGCAGUGCUGUCAUGUGCAGACCAAUGUCUAAGAAUGGAAGCUGGAGACAGAUAGGCCUCACUAGUUUGAAGGCACUGGCUACCAUUGUAAGUCCCCACUUCUCAUGGAUAUUAUCCACUUCAGCAAAGGCAGGGCAUCCAUUAAACCAUGCACUCAUGCCUUGGAUGGAAAAGCCUAAGUCCUCUAGUCUCAUAAAACAGGCAACCACCCUGCCAUUUUCUUCAAUAAUAAUUGUUAUACUGCAAAGAAUUUUAUAA